CGUGGCCAGUGCCCGUAUUCACCAAACCCUUUUACGCCGUUUUCGUAGCGUUAAGCUAUGUUGUCCUGCGGGUGGUUACGUCAAAUGAAGCAAUGUGCCUUUUCCAAACCCCUCCGCCUCAUGUCUCCUCCCUCCAUGUUUCUCCAGGUAAGGUCAAGAGGAUCAGGUUGACGGAAGAGUCGGGCAGGAAGAGUGGAUGAGACAUGGCUGGAAAGGAGAACGAACUGUGCGACAGCCUCAUCAUAUGGCUGCAGACAUUCAACACACCAUCUCCCUGCAAAACUAUCCAAGACCUCUCCAGUGGAGUCACCAUGGCACAGAUACUACAUGAGAUUGAUUGCUCAUGGUUUGAUGACACCUGGUUAACUCGCAUUAAAGAUGAUGUAAAGGACAAUAAAAGGAUAAAGAUCAACAACCUGAAGAAGAUUCUACAAGGAAUUGUUGAUUAUUACCAAGAGUGUCUAGAUCAGCACAUUUCAGAAUAUCUCCUUCCUGAUCUAAACCGAAUAGCAGAACAUUCUGACCCAACGGAGAUGGGACGAUUCUUGCAGCUCAUUUUAGGCUGUGCCAUCAACUGUGAAAAGAAACAAGAACACAUUCAGAUUAUAAUGACACUGGAAGAGUCUGUACAACACGUUGUCAUGACUGCCAUUCAAGAGCUGAUGAGUAAAGAUUCUGUGGACUUUUCAUCAACCGAUUCACCUGGAGAUCUGGAACAACAGCUAAAAAGAACUCUUGACUGUCUAACCGAAGCACAAGCAGAAAAAGAAGAAUUGAAGCAGAGAUGCCAAGAACUUGAUUUACAGGUGGCCGCUCUCCAGGAUGAACGAAAUAGUUUAUUGGCUGAAAACGAGAUUCAGAGUGAACGGAUAAACCAAUUAGAUAAUUUUGAUGAGCCCAGCACUGUGGUGGCAAAGAAGUACUUUCAGAUACAGAUGCAGCUGGAACAGACGCAGGAUGAAAAUUUCAGGCUCGAAGCUGCAAAAGAUGACUAUCGUGUUCAUUGUGAAGAACUUGAAAAACAGCUGAUUGAAACACAAAAUAGGAAUGAUGAGCUAGCUAGCCUCGCUGAGGAAUCAAGAGCUCUGAAAGAUGAAAUAGAUGUUUUACGAGCUACUGCAGACAAGGCAGCAAAGCUCGAAACCACCAUGGAGACAUAUCGUAAGAAACUAGAGGAUCUUAAUGACUUGCGACGGCAGGUGAAAUCCCUGGAGGAUACAAAUUUGAUGUACAUGCACAAUACGGUCAGCCUCGAAGAGGAGUUGAAGAAGGCAACUGCUGCCCGAGCACAGCUUGAAACGUAUAAAAGACAGGUUCAGGAUCUUCACAACAAACUUUCUGCGGAAUCCAAGAGAGCUGAUAAUCUGGCCUUUGAGCUGAAGAGACUAGAAGAGAAGCAGGAUGCAGUGUUAAAAGAGAAGGAGAGACUUAUCGUUCAACGUGACGCACUUAAAGAAACCAACGAGGAACUAAGAUGUUCAUUGAUGCAGCAAGACAACCUGGCUCUAUCAGGUGAUUCUGGGGUGCAAGCAAAUGUCAAUCUAGCUGCUGAGCUUCUGCCUGUGGAAUAUCGAGAGAUAUUCAUCAGACUCCAGCAUGAAAAUAAGAUGCUGCGGGUGCAACAGGAAGGAUCUGAGAAUGAACGCAUCACGGAUCUGCUGGAGCAGCUGGAGGAAAAGCAGCGCAAAAUGAGUGAACUGGAGACUGAGAACAGAUUAAAUAUGGACCGUGUAGAAGAACUGCAGCUUCAGAUUGUGGAUCUUCAAAAGAUGUUGCAGAAUGAAGGGACAGAUUCUGAAGGCGCAGGAUCCAGUACAUUGAAAAAGAUCGAGGCCCACAUGGAAAAACUGAAAGAGGUUCAUGAUGCUUUAGAAACCAAAAAGGAACUUCUGGAUGAUCUCCAACCAGAUGCAAACCAAACCACUCAACGUAUUGAGGAACUGGAAGCAGCGCUCCGCAAGAAAGAUGACGAUAUGAAGGCAAUGGAGGAACGCUAUAAGAUUUACCUGGAGAAAGCAAGGAAUGUCAUAAAAACCUUAGAUCCAAAAUUAAAUCCAGCAUCUGCAGAAAUAAUGUUAUUAAGAAAACAACUUACAGAAAAAGACCAAAAAAUUGAUCGUUUGGAGUCUCAGUGUCAACAAGCUAAACUGCGAGAAUACGAGGAGAAAUUAAUAGUGACUGCCUGGUAUAAUAAGAGCAUUGAGCACCAGAAAUUGGCUAUAGAAUCUCGCCUGGCGGGGAGAGGAGGAAAGGAUCCCGCCGCAGGCUCUGCUGGACGAUCGUUCCUGGCACAGCAGCGUCAUGUUACGAACGCCAGGAGAAAUAUUUCUGUGACUGUACAUCCUACAGCUUCAAAUUAAACCCAGAGAUAUUACAUACA